AUGGUCUGCGGUCAUGACUACGAAAGCGGGACCGCGACCUGGAACAACGAGUGUGACCUCGGUAUCACGACGACGCAGAUCGUCUACGAGGUGACCUCGAUCGAUUACGACUGCGAGAGUGCUUACGCCACUGCGUCCAACGUCAACACCGACUUCUACGUUGCGACAUGCAUCAACCAUCAGCCUCUCCAUUUCGUUGCUCUUCGGGCUCUCAAUGCUACGAUGCCCGAGAGUUUUAACGCUCCACCUCUCUUUGGCGAUUCCACAACCAAUCAAGCAAUCCUCUUCUCACCUCCAUUCGCUUUCAUGACGAAGUCGGAGCCGACAUACCCCAACUAUACUCGUCCCCUUGCCGACUUGUCUCUACCUGACGCUCCACCCUCCCCAAGACGGGCUGUAGUUUAGCCGAUGUAUCUUCAACUAGAAUGUCGGUUUCUAGCACGACUAUGGCCUCUGCAUGCAUCCAUGGCCAACGGGUUCAAUAAUUUUCAUACAUUACCUCUCCGCAUGAGACACCUCACUAUCAACGGUCCCAAUAACGCAUCUUCAAAUCUGACAUGCCGAGUAGUACAACAUACCUAAUCAAAAUCCAACAUACGUGCA